UCUAUUAACAAUAAUAAUAUAUUAAAAAUAAAUGUUAAUGCAAGCACUAGACUGCCAGGCGAAAUUUACAAUUGCCAAAUCGUAUCAAGAUGAUGUUCAAGCUGUCAAUGUCAUUCAAAAAGUGAAUAAAUUAUUCUUUAUCUUCACAUGAAUUUAUUGAAAAAAUUUUUACAUAUUGAAAUUGAUAUUGGACGUGGUUUUAAACAUUCCGCGCGAACACCCUGAUACAUAAACAACAUAAUAAUAAUAACAAUUUUUUAUUGUGUCAGUCAGCUGAUUCCGAGGUCAAUCAAAAUAUUUUCAUUCUGCAUUUUACUUGGUCGCGAGGUUAAAGACUGAAAAUAAAGAUAAACAAAAUGAGAAUAUUAUGGAUUAAAUUUCGUGAAGUGUCACAAAAAUAUCCAGUUGUACGAGGAAUGGCAUCAUAUGCUGUUAUAUGGCCAACUGGAUGUUUAAUACAACAAAAAUUACUUGGCAAAGAUGAGCUUAAUUAUAUUCAAGCAUUGAGAUUUAGUUUGUAUGGUGGAUUAUUUGUUGCACCAACAUUGUAUGGUUGGCUUAAAAUUGCACAUUAUUUUUGGCCAAAGACAACAUUUAGAUCUGCAAUAACUAAGGCACUUGUCGAACAAGUUUCAUAUGGUCCAGCUGCAAUGUGUUGUUUUUUUUUUGGAAUGAAUUUAUUAGAAUUUAAACCAGUAUCAGAAGGUAUUGAAGAAGUUAAAAGAAAAUUUUGGCCUACUUGGAAAAUGGGUAUUUGUGUAUGGCCAAUUCUUCAGACAAUUAAUUUUGUUUUAAUACCUGAAAGAAAUAGAGUUGUUUAUGUGAGUGUUUGCAGUUUGGCAUGGACAUCUUUUCUAGCAUAUAUGAAAUCUCUUGAUGCUAAAAAAAUUAAUGAUGAAUCGAUAAAUAAUAUGACUGAUAAAUUAACUAGUCAAAAUAAUAGCGAAACUAAAAAACAGUCAACAAUAACAGUUAAAACGAAACAAGUGUCAAAUUAAUAAUAAUUAAAAAUAAAAAUUUAGCUAAAUUUAAAAUAAACAAAAAAAAAAAGAGAAGAAAAAAUUUAAGUGUUUUUAAAAUAUAAUAAAUUGAGUUAUUAUUUAUUAUUUUGUAUAGAAAUAUAUAUAUUAAAUUUUUUCAUUUAUAUUAAUUUUUUUUUUAUUACUUGUGAUGAUGAAAACUUAAUAAUGCUAAUUAAACAUUCAAUCACUUGUCAUAAUUAUUUAAUAAUUAUUGAAAGUAUUUUAUAUAGAACAAAAAUAUUUAAAAAAUUUUUCUUUAUAUUAUUGUAUAUUUAAUAUUUAAUUAAUUUGCUAUUUAAAAAUAAUUUUUAAUUGACAAUAAAUGUGUAAAUAAAAUUAUUGUAAAAUGAGAGAAAAAAAAAAAUUAUUAUUAAUAAAUAAUCCUUAAAAACG